UUUGCAAGUCGAGAGUCGCGCGAGUCAGACGUGCGAUCGCCCCAGCAAAUUAAAGAGGAUUUAAAUAAAAGCAAACAGAUAUAACAAAGUGCAUUCGGCUAAUGGAAGUGGUCAAAGUCAAAGCCAAAAGCCACACGAUAUUUUCAAAGCAAAUAAAUAAUGAAUAAGCGAGAUCGUGUUUAAAUGUAAUUAGCACAGCGAUGUUGCUGGUGGCUGUUUGACCCACAUUUGCAAAUCGUGCUAAUUUAUGUUUUAUGCCAAGUGAACAGGAUUCGGAAUUAAGCUGAAGCUAAAGUGGAACCGGGUACUCGGUCCUGGGCAAUUUGCAUACAUGCAAAUAGUUCAAUCUGCAGGCGAUUGAGUGGCAAACAAUCCGUGCACGUGCCGAAAGUGUUAAAGUGUGCCAAACAUAACCAGCAAACAGGCAAAAACGCCAGUGUAUAAAUAGCCCUCCCCCCGGUUCGUGUAAUGAGUGUACAAGCCUGACCCGUGUUCCAGCCAAAAAUCAAUUACAAUUUAUUGCACGAGCAUGCCAAACGACGAUUCGCGGCCGAAACCACAAAAACGCAUCUGAAAAACAAUGCCCCAAUCAUCUUUGUCCGCCCAUUGGGUAUGCAAAUUAGCGAUUUCAGCGAUUUUGCUAAUGCUGCAGCAGAGUGCAAGCGUUGCCCUGCUGCUCAAGUGUCCGUUGCACCAGCUGCAGUUGCAGAAGAUCGUUGGAUUCCGCCCACCAUUGGAGAACAUGAAUGAGGGCAACCUGAUCUACGGACCGGAAAUGGUGGGUAACUUCAAGGAUCGCGACCAGGAACUUCCGGUGAGCCAGAUUUGCUGGAGGAUCUGUAACGAGGAUCCCGACUGCAUUGCCUAUGUGCAUCUUUUGGAUACGGAUGAGUGUCAUGGGUACUCGUACUUCGAGAGAACUUCGCGAUAUCUGGCCAUUUCGGGGGAACUGCCCUUGGUUUCCGAUGGCGAGGCCGUGUUCUACGAAAAGACCUGCCUCCGAGUUCCCGAUGCGUGCCGUGGGCGUCUGUGGGCACUGACCAAAAUCCCCGGCAGCACGCUGGUCUUCCAGAGCAAGAAGACCAUUUCGACGCUGGUCACGCGGCGUGAGUGCGCCGAGCGCUGCUUCUUCGAAAGCCAAUUCAAAUGCCUCUCCGCCUCCUUUGCGCCCUCGUAUCGGAACAAUCGUGAGCGGUUCCGUGGCGAGGCGGGGCCUGGUCAGAGUCCUUCCCCCCGACUGGGCAGGUGUAUGCUGAGCGACAGGGACAAGACCAUUCAGCCGGACGCGUUCCGAGCGGCUCCCUACGACGAGGAGUACAUGGAAAACCAGUGUCACGAGCGGUCCGUCGAAAGCGACAACUGUUCCUAUGAACUGUAUGCCAACAGCAGCUUCAUCUACGCGGAGGCCAGGUAUUUGGGCCUCUCCCAGAAAGAGUGUCAGGCGCUAUGCUCGCACGAGACCAAGUUCUACUGCCAGGGCGUCUCCUUCUACUACGUGAAUCAUGUCUCCCUAUCCGAGUGUCUUUUGCACUCCGAGGACAUCGUUUCGUUGGGUCCACGCAGCCUGAAACUCCGGGAGAACUCUGUCUACAUGAGAAGGGUUAAGUGCUUGGAUGUGAGGGUUUUUUGCACCCGCGAUGAGAUGUCCAUCAAGUACAACCCAAAGGACUGGUUUGCUGGGAAAAUAUAUGCCAGCAUGCAUUCCAAGGACUGCCUAGCCCGAGGUUCCGGCAACGGAAGUGUCUUGCUUACGCUCCAGAUCGGCAGCGAGAUCAAGGAGAACCGCUGUGGAAUCCUGCGGGCUUAUGAAAUGACACAGGAAUACCAAAGAACCUUUAUAUCCGCCCUUGUGGUCAUACAAAAUAACCCGAAUGUGCAGACCCAGGGCGAUCGGCUCAUCAAGGCGGGAUGCAUCCAGAGUAACGCCACCACCUCGUUGGGUGUUUCAGUAAGAGACAGCAGUGUGGAUGCUACAGAGCACGUGCCUAGUGCAAUUGCCUUAGAGUCCUCGCUGGAGUAUGCCGAACACAUGUUUCCGCACGAGGGCGUGGUGCACUACAACAGCAGCACUGGUCCCAAUCCCCAGCCCAGCAUCUCCCUCCAGAUUGUGGAUUUGUCCCACCAGCACGAGACGAACGAUGUGCAGAUUGGUCAAAACCUGGAGCUCCAAAUCGUGGCAGAGUACAGCCCACAGCAGCUGGCCGAGCACAUUGAUAUCCAGUUGGCACCGCUACCGGAUUUUCGAGCCACCUCAUUGGUGGCCAAGACCAUGGACAACGAGAACUAUGUGCUGUUGAUUGAUGAGCGCGGUUGUCCCACGGAUCCUAGUGUUUUCCCGUCCCUGGAAAGGGUUCACUUAGCCACCAAGAACAUGCUGCGCGCCCGCUUCCAUGCGUUUAAAUUCUCCGGAACCGCCAAUGUGAGCUUCGAUGUAAAGAUCCGCUUCUGCGUGGAGCGCUGCUCACCCAGCAAUUGUGCCAGUCCAUCCUGGCAGAGGAAAAGGCGGCAGGCGGAUCAGUCAGCACGAAGACCUCAAGACCUCCGUGUGCAAAAUCCAGUGUACAUCUCAACCGUGGUGGAUGUGGCACCGGAACAGGAAAAGAGCAACCAAUCUACUGCACAGGAGGAACUGCCUCUGAACUACAACAUCCGGGUGCACGGUCCGGAUCAGACAAAUGCCAAAAGUUACCUUUACGGCGAACGAGGAGUGUUACUAAUUGCAGGGAUUGACGAUCCCCUACACCUAGACAACGUGUGCAUCAAUCAGAGCCUAUUAAUCGCUCUCUUCAUUUUCUGGCUGAUUUGUCAAGUGGCACUACUUUUCGGCUGCGGGAUGGUAUUGCAACGCUACCGACGGCUAGCCAAGCUCGAGGAUGAGCGCCGACGGCUGCACGAGGAGUACCUGGAAGCGAGACGCGUUCACUGGGCAGAUCAAGGCGGAUACACACUUUAGCUUUCGGCUGGGACGCAAUGCGUUCAAAAUGCAUCUUAAUUUAAUAAAUAUAAUCCUAUGCGAUUCUUACAAACGA